AUGAAGCUCACCUGCCCCCUCAUGCUCUCUUCCAUCGUCGGCAUCGCCCUGGGCGCCGCCAUCUCUGCCCGUCAGGAUGACGUUCCCAAGGGCUUCUGUUGCUUCCACCUGCAAGACACCAUCAGCGGCAAACUCCUCCAGCAGGACGCUCAUACCCACGAGCUCUUCCUCGAUGACCCCAGCCUUCCCGCCGGCUGGUACUGCAUUAACCAGAACGCCGGCUCCAACGUGCUCUACGACCGCGACAACAACGCCUGCAUCCUGACCGACCCUGGCAAAUCAUUCGAGUGUCUCGACGGCACUCCUGGCGGCGACACGUGGCAGCUCGUCAAGAACACUUACAACGCCAUUCUUCUCGAGGACUACGGCAGUACCGACUUUAAUAUUUGUGACACCAAAGGCCGCCGGCAGAUCUUUGGUGCCGACCCCCCUAGUGGUCUUAGCUGCCAGAAGACCAAACUGGCUACGGACAACCGCACCGGAGAGUGCAAAUGGUAG